CCACUUUAAAUGACUCAGGAAGUAAAAACCAGGAUGGCCUGAACUUUAAAAGUGAAAGUAGCUGCUAAUGUGUAUUGGGCCCUGCUGCUUUGUUUAGAGCAGCAACUGGGAUCCCAGCACCCUGCUCAUCAAAACUAAGGGGGGGAGGUGAGCUUAUUUUGGCGUGUUAAAUCCCAGUUGCUCAGAAGGUGGGAGGCGGAGGGGAUCAGGCCGGGAGCUCAGCCAGGAAUAGAAGGAGAGGGAUUGUAGCUGGAGACGAGGAAGCAGAGCAACUGGGCCGUUCAAGUGUCGCAGGGCAGAGAACAGCUGGAGGCUUGUGCUGGAAGGGGGGAAGCUGCUACCCAGCUGAGAGCUGCCGCAGGGAAGCGACCAGGAGGGGCAGGGGGCUGCGGCACCAGCCAGGCCAGGCCGCCCCUGGAAGAGGCUCGCCAUGGCCUCUGCGAAGGGGGAGCGCGCCGAGGAGCUUCCCCCCGACGGCACGUGCGAUGUCUGCGAGCCCGAUGAAGCCGAGAGCGCGGUGGGGGUGUGCGAGGAGUGCGGCUUCUCCUUCUGCCAGCCCCACGCCGAGGAGCAUGGCCAGAAGUACGCGGCCCACCGCCUGCGGGGCCCUGCCUCGGGCCGCGACGAGGCGGGGGAAGAGGCGCCCAAGCUGGAGCGGAAGAAGUGCGAGGAGCACGGGCAGGAGCUGAGCCUGUACUGCAAAGAGCAUGAGAAGAUCAUCUGCGUGCUGUGCGCCGUCACCGGCACCCACCGGCAGCACCAGCUCAUCACCCUGGAUGAAGCCUACCAGACCAUGAGGAAUAGAGAACCCGUUGACCUGAAGGUGGCCAUGCUGGAGAUGGUGGAAAGGUUAAAGUUCAAGUGUGCAGACCCUAAAGUGACUCGGAGUGAGAUGAAACUGUGUGUUCAGCAGGAGUUUGACACUGUACGGCGGCUGGUCUGUGAGGAGGAACGGAAAGCUCUCCACCUAGUGGACCUCCAGGAAGCGGUGGCCACUGCUCAUGUGACAGAGGUGCUGGCGGAAAUCAACGUCCACAUGGCAAAGCUGAUGACUGAGAUGGCAGAGAUCAGAAGGCAGCUGAACACCUUCAAUGAGUUAGCCCUGCUCAAGCCUGAGAGCAACGAUGAGGAACCCAGAGCUAAUCCUUUCCCUCCUGCCUCUCCUUCCCGAGGGAACAGGCGAUAUGAUGACAAGGACCCAUCAUCGGCUAACGGGCCUUGCUGAGACAAGACGGGUUUGGCUGCAGUGGAGACGUUACAGAAGGAUCCUCUCCACACAGACUCCAUGUGAUGAUGAGAAUGCAGGAAGAGUGUCUUAAGUCACACAACUGCAGCACAAGCAGCAGCAACUGUUUCCUCCCUUUACUUUGCUGUGUCUAUGGAUCUCCUAGAUAAAAAUGUGAUCCUUCCCCUCACCUGUCCUUUGGGAACACACUUACUGUCACGCCUAGCGACAUAUUUGCCAAUCCGCCUUUUCUUAGGAGGACAAAUAUCCUGCAAAGAUAUGACACUGGGCUUUGAAAAUGUGGAGCCAGUAAUUAAAAUGAAGAAUGCAGUACUGUAGAAGGUAGAAAUGAGAGUCUAAAAGCCACAGUGGUGUUUUUACUGAUGGGGGUUAUUGAGGACUUCAGUUUAAUAAUUCAGUGCAGCCAAGAUUUAUAAAUGAUAUGAGGUUGAAAUGGUCUUUCAAGAAGAAGGAUUGGAGUGGUAUGUUAACUGUUUAAUUUAGUGUGUUCUGAAAAAUGCUGCAUGAAACACUGUAUAAUAACUGGGCACAGUCCUAAGGUUUCUCAGCCUUGUAGUGGGGAGAAUGUGUAUCACGAAUGACGUUUAUGCCUCGUGAGUGAGGCUGUCUGAGCACAAGCUAGAGAGUCACGGAUGCCAGCUCUGACACUGGCUUCCCGUAGGGCUUCCUGCAAGUCUCUUCAUCUCUCUAUCUGUAGCAUGGCAUUGACUCUCAUUUUCCAGGACAGAGGGCUGCCACAGGGAACUCCCAUAAAGCGCUCACCUUCAGGUUUCCCACUUGUAGCAAGUCACAGCCCCUGAGCACUUGAUAUAUUGUCAUUCCCUGCCACCCCUACUAGCCUCUUUGCUCCACCUGUCUGUAAUGUCAGUGAAUUCCAGUCCUGCUUAAUGAAAGGGCUUCAGGAAACGUAGGGUAAGAAGUUAGAUGGGGGUCUAUGCAGCUUAGAGGUCCAUUCUGCCGCCGCCGUACUACAGGUCAUUGGCCCAGGUCUACAAAGGGACCCAGGUGCCUAAAUACUUAUUCAUUAGGCCAGAGAGAAAAAAAUGACAGUCCCC